GACAACAUUUCUCCGGUUAAACUUAAGCAAAGGUUUGGCCGUUUGAGUUCUACAAAGACAGUGCUGCUCUCCAAUUUACGACUGUUAGAGUUCAUUGAGUCGAAGUUCGCACAGAGAAAUUGCAAGAGAAUGCUAAGCCUGUGUCCCAACUUCUCUCCGACAGCAGCGGCAGCAAUUGUAGUCAGCUCCUGCAAACUCGAUUCUGCUGCUUCAGCAGCCGCUCUUAUUCCUCAGAGAACUAGAAAUUCGUUAUUUGGCUGCUCUCAUAUGCAUCCCACGAAUUCUUCCUCUUGUUCUUCUUGGAUGCUGAGGCAGCGUCAUACUCCUAUAGUCAUGGCUUCUGGAACUUCUCUUGAUUCUCAAGAUACUUCUUCCGCCAGGGGUGAUAAAAGACCAGUUCAUGGAUUGUCUGAAGUGGUUGUUGGCGUUUUGGGGGGAGGGCAGCUGGGCCGUAUGCUUUGUCAAGCAGCAUCUCAAUUGGCAAUCAAGGUAAUUGUUUUGGACCCGAUGGAGAAUUGUCCGGCAAGUUCACUCUCUCAUUACCACAUGGUUGGAAAUUAUGAUGAUAGUGCCACAGUUCAAGAAUUUGCAAAAAGGUGUGGAGUGUUGACAGUAGAAAUUGAGCAUGUUGAUGCUGCCACUCUAGAGAAGCUUGAACAACAAGGUGUGGAUUGCCAGCCUAAGGCGUCCACUAUAAGAAUUAUUCAGGAUAAGUAUCUUCAGAAAGUCCAUUUUUCUCGUCAUUCCAUUCCACUUCCAAAAUUUAUGCAGAUAGAUGACCUCAAUAGUGCCAAGCAAGCAGGUGUCCUUUUUAAUUAUCCUCUCAUGAUAAAGAGCAAAAGACUGGCUUAUGAUGGCCGUGGCAAUGCUGUUGCCAACAGCGAGGAGGAACUGUCUUCUGCAGUAGAUGCUCUUGGAGGGUAUGAUCGUGGUCUGUAUGUAGAGAAAUGGGCACCAUUUGUAAAGGAACUAUCUGUCAUUGUGGUGAGAGGAAGAGAUAAUUCUGUCGUGUGUUACCCUGUUGUUGAAACUAUUCAUAGGGAAAACAUUUGCCAUAUUGUCAAAUCACCUGCUGAUGUGUCAUGGAAGAUUAUGAAGCUUGCAACUGAUGUUGCAUUUAGGGCUGUUAGCUCAUUAGAAGGUGCUGGUGUAUUUGCAGUUGAGUUAUUUUUGACAGCAGAUGGUCAGAUCUUAUUGAAUGAAGUGGCUCCUAGACCUCAUAACAGUGGACAUCACACAAUUGAGUCUUGCUAUACUUCACAAUAUGAGCAGCAUUUGCGGGCUGUAGUUGGUCUUCCCCUUGGUGAUCCGUCAAUGAAAGCACCUGCGGCUAUCAUGUACAAUAUACUAGGUGAAGAUGAGGGGGAACCAGGUUUCCUUUUGGCUCAUCAACUUAUUGGGAGGGCAUUGGGGAUACCAGGGGCCUCAGUUCAUUGGUAUGACAAACCAGAAAUGCGAAAGCAACGAAAGAUGGGUCAUAUCACUAUUGUGGGCCCUUCUGUUGGUGUUGUGAAAGCACGUUUAAGGUCAAUGUUGAGAGAAGAAACUGUGGAUGGUGAGACUGCAGUACUGCCACGCGUAGGUAUCAUAAUGGGCUCUGAUUCAGAUCUUCCUGUCAUGAAGGAUGCUGCAAAGAUCUUAAGAGAGUUUGAUGUGCCUACCGAGGUGAGGAUAGUUUCGGCUCAUCGUACCCCUGAAUAUAUGGUUUCUUAUGCAUCAUCUGCUUGGAAACGAGGUAUUCAGGUCAUUAUAGCUGGUGCUGGAGGUGCAGCCCAUUUGCCAGGAAUGGUUGCUGCAUUGACACCAUUACCAGUUAUUGGCGUCCCUGUACGUGCUUCUACACUAGAUGGGCUGGACUCUCUCUUGUCAAUUGUUCAGAUGCCAAGGGGUGUACCAGUUGCAACUGUUGCAAUAAAUAAUGCCACAAAUGCUGGUCUAUUGGCAGUGAGGAUAUUGGGGGUUCGUGAUUUGAAUCUACAAACGAGAAUGGCCCAAUACCUAGAAGACAGAAGAGACGAGGUGUUGGCGAAGGGAGAAAAGCUCGAGGAAGGGGGCUGGGAGGAUUACUUGAAUUCUCAGAGAUAAACAGCUAACAAUACCGUGUCUUACAAGAAUCCAUGCGCUUGCAGUAAACAUAAACCAGACUCAACCUGACAUUUGUUAUUGCGUGUUUGGAAUUGCAAUGGAGGAACCAAAUUUUCUGCACGGGAGAUAGCAGUUAGUGUACUCAAUUUGUUUCAUGAUAGUAUUUUUGGGGGUUUUUAGUGUCUUUGGGGGCUUGCGGAACAUAGUAUAUGAUGGCAUUUAGUCUGAGGCUGGAUUUUUUUUUAUUAUUAUUUUUUUAAUAUUGAAUCACCAAUCUUCAGUUGCAA